AUGGCUCGCUCGAAGAUAUCGCUCAUUCUGGUGGCCGCCGCAUUGGCGGCACUUUGCCGGACCACCGCCUUCGUUCCUGCUGCAAGGGAGGUGCCGCGAGCGGAGGUUCUUCUUCCAGCUGCCCUUGCACCCAUGAUGAUGGUGGAGCCUGCUUUUGCCCAAAGGAUGGAAGCAGACUUCAAGACCCCGCAGUACUACGAGGAGGAACCAACUUCCGACCUGUCCUACCUUCUUUUCUUCACCGCUGCACUUCUCCUCUACGUUGGCAAGACUGCCUUCGACAAGAGUGGUGCCAAAAGCUUGGGCGAUGCAGUGAACAAGUGA